ACAGGAGAAAACCAUCCAUCCAAUUGAGAAAAUAAAGCAACCCAAAAAGCUCCUUCUCUUAUAAACUACCAUCAUCUUCUUACCAUUUUUCACUUUCACAAUCAAACUCUCCUCUCCUCUAUUUUUCUUUCUCUAUCUCUCUAAAUUUUAUCUUCAAGAAAUAAAAAAUAAUCCCACAAAGUACCGAUUGUCCAUCCCUUUUUUCUUUAGAAUCAUCAUCUGGACAAAACAUUGCCUUAAAAUAAGGAAAGAUAAUAUCUUGAUCAGAUAAACCCACCAUUUUCACACUCUUCUGAUAUGUAUAUACUCCAGCAAAAGUUUGAUGGGUUUUGAAGAAUCUUGUGCCUAUCUCACGUGUUUGGAAGUUAAAGGUUGCUGAUCAGCUUGUAAUUUGAGUUGUUGAAAUCUCUCUCUCUGCUCAGUUUGGGCACUGCAUAUGACAGUGGUGCCCAUGGAUGCCACGGCUAGUGGAACGUCGGGUGUUCAAUGCCAUAAUAUUGCUGAACAACCAAUUGCUGCUCUCGUCAUUCCUGAUCAACCAAUUGUGGCUCUUACUACUUCGCCCUUGCCUACAUUUGAGCGACAGCAACGGCAUUGCUAUGGCAACGUCAGUCCUGGAGAAUUCCCAUUGUCUGCAAAUCCCUCGAUUGUUCUUCAUGUCCUUACUGGAUGCAAUUUGGAUCCCCAAGAUCUUGCAAAGCUAGAGGCAACCUGUUCUUUCUUCAGGCAGCCUGCACAUUUUGCCCCUGAUUAUGAGCUCUCUAUGGCAGAGCUUGCAGCGCUUGAUAUGUGCCAAAAGAGAGCCAUAUUUAAGCCAAUGACAGAUGAAGAACGUCAAGACUUGAAGCAAAGAUGUGGGGGCUCCUGGAAACUGGUCCUCAGAUAUCUGCUUGCUGGUGAAGUCUGUUCCAGGAGGGAGAAGUCACAGGCCAUAGCAGGUCCUGGUCACAGCAUUGCUGUAACAUCAAAAGGAGUUGUCUACUCAUUUGGUUCUAAUAGCUCUGGACAGCUUGGACAGGGCACCACUGAGGAAGACUGGCGGCCUCGCCCAAUUAGAUCCUUGGAAGGAGUUCGAAUUAUUCAAGCAGCUGCUGGGGCUGGCCGGACAAUGUUGAUUAGUGAUGCUGGUCGGGUGUAUGCCUUUGGAAAGGAUUCCUUUGGAGAUGCUGAAUAUGGGGCUCAAGGAAGUAGACUUGUAACUACUCCGCAACUUGUGGAAUCAUUGAAAGAUGUCUUUGUUGUGCAGGCUGCAAUUGGAAAUUUCUUCACAGCUGUGUUGUCUAGAGAAGGAAGAGUUUAUACUUUUUCUUGGGGGAAUGAAACAAAACUUGGUCACCAAACAGAGCCAAAUGACCUAGAACCUCGCCCAUUACUAGGGGCACUUGAGAACAUUCCUGUUGUGCAAAUUGCAGCUGGAUACUGCUACCUUCUUGCUUUGGCUUGCCAGCCUACUGGCAUGUCAGUAUACUCUGUUGGUUGUGGAUUGGGUGGAAAGCUUGGACAUGGUACAAGAACUGAUGAAAAGUAUCCAAGGUUGAUUGAACAGUUUCAGAAUUUGAAUCUUCAACCAGUAGUCGUGGCAGCAGGAGCAUGGCAUGCUGCAGUUGUUGGGAAAGAUGGGAGAGUUUGCACGUGGGGUUGGGGACGUUAUGGUUGCUUAGGUCAUGGGAACGAAGAUUGUGAAUCGAUUCCUAAGGUGGUUGAAGCACUAAGCAAUGUCAAAGCGGUUAAUGUUGCUACAGGGGACUAUACAACUUUUGUAGUUUCUGAUGCGGGUGAUGUAUAUUCUUUUGGCUGUGGGGAAUCAUCUAGUUUGGGACAUAAUACUGGUGCUGUUGACGGACAGGUAAACAGGCACACUAAUGUUCUAAGCCCAGAAAUUGUGACGUCCCUGAAGCAGGUGAAUGAGAGGGUGGUACAGAUUAGCCUUACCAAUUCCAUAUAUUGGAACGCCCACACGUUUGCCCUCACAGACUCUGGUAAGCUGUAUGCAUUUGGAGCUGGUGAUAAAGGACAGCUUGGAAUCGAGCUGGUUUCCAACCAAACCGAAAGGGCAAAACCUGAGCGGGUCGAUAUUGAUCUUAGUUAAAAGCCCAUUUAAUUACAUCUCCAUUGGAAGCAUCCGUGCUUCUAAAUCUGUUUUAUAUCGAUCGUCCCUUCUGUAAAUAGACAUCAAGACAAUUUGUGAAGAAGCUAGGAAGUAGUGACUGCAGGAUUAACCUCUCAAGAAGAUUUGCUUAGGUUCAUGCGCGCCUUAAGCGGUAAAUAGGUGAUAGAUGUGUUAAAUUUGAAUAUUAACUUAGAUUUGUUUAAUUUGAAGCCACAAGCGAUCUGUGUUCCCAAUGAAAUGUUAGAUCCCCUCAUUACCAUAUUAAUAAGGGGUGUAAAUUUGCUGUUA